AUGGUAGCUAUUACUACCAAUGAGAACAGCAUGGGGCCUUCGGACUUCUCUGGGGCCAGCAGCCGCCCAACCAGGGACCCGGGGCCACGGGCUCAGCCGACUACCUUGGGCUCCGUGUCCAAGCAACAGUUUGCAGGUGGCUGCGCCAAGGCGGCAGAAGAGGCGCCCGAGGAGGCACCAGAGGACGCGGCCCGGGCAGCGGACGAGCCUCAGCUGCUGCACGGUGCAGGCAUCUGUAAGUGGUUCAACUUGCGCAUGGGGUUCAGCUUUCUGUCCAUGACCGCCCGCGCCGGGGUCACGCUCGACCCCCCAGUGGAAGUCUUUGUACACCAGAGUAAGCUGCACAUGGAGGGCUUCCGGAGCUUGAAGGAGGGUGAGGCCGUGAAGUUCACCUUUAAGAAGUCAGCCAAGGGUCUGGAAUCCAUCCGUGUCACUGGACCUGGUGGGGUGUUCUGUAUUGGGAGUGAGAGGCGGCCAAAGGGGAAGAUCAUGCAGAAGCGCAGAUCAAAAGGAGACAGGUGCUACAACUGUGGAGGUCUAGACCAUCAUGCCAAGGAAUGCAAGCUGCCACCCCAGCCCAAGAAGUGCCACUUCUGCCAGAGCAUCAGCCAUAUGGUAGCCUCAUGUCCACUGAAGGCCCAGCAGGCCCCUAGCGCACAGGGAAAGCCAACAUACUUUCGGGAGGAAGAAGAAGAAAUCCACAGCCCUGUCCUGCUCCCGGAGGCCCAGAAUUGAGCCCCAAUGGGUGGGGGCUAUUCUUUUGCUAUCAGGAAGUUUCGAGGAGCAGGCAGAGUGGAGAAAGUGGGAAUAGGGUGCAUUGGGGCUAGUUGGCACUGCCAUAUAUCUCAGACUGGGGUUCACACCAUCACCCUUUCUUCCCUCUAGGUCGAGGGGAAGGGUGAGUCAAAGGAACUCCAUCCAUGCUCUGUCCAAAUGCAAGUGAGGGUUCUGGGGGCGACCAGGAGGAGGGAAUCACCCUACAACCUGCACACUUUAUCUGAGGCUCCAUCCCCAGAAUUUCCAGCUUUUGAAAGUGGCCUGGAUAGGGAAGUUGUUUUCCUUUUAAAGAAGGAUGUAUAAUAAUAAUUCCCAUGCCAGAGUGAAAUGAUUAAGUAUAAGACCAGAUUCAUGGAGCCAAGCCAUUACAUUCUGUGGAAGGGAAUCUCUCAGGAAUAAGGCAGUUUUUUUUCCCACAUCUUAUAUCCUCAUACCCGCUUUUGGGAUAGGGUGCUGGCAACUGUCCCAAGCAAUGGGUAGUGAUGAUGGCAAAAAGGGUGUUUGGGGAAAUAGCUGCAGA